AUGGAAAAGCCGCGUGCUCCCAAGGGACGUUGGUACAUGGCAGGUGCUGCCGUGGCGGCAUUGGCGCUGGUGGGCGUUGUGGCGAAGGUGUCCCACUCCUCGCUCUCCAAGUCCAAGACGCUGGAUGAGAUCGAGAAUUGGGGGGAGCUUCCAGGAAUGGACCAGGUCAUCCACAAGGCCCAGGCCCUGAAGAUGGACAAGCCCUUGCGCAACCUGCAAGACCUGUUCUACGACUCCCAGCCGGAGGAGCUGCCCUGGAUCCGUACAGAGUGCGUGAUCGACACGGUCCAGGCCGCAGCCUACCUUGCCCAAGCCGUCGUCUUCCUGUACAAGGCCAUCGACUACGACGGCCUGGAGUGCCCCAACAACUCCCCGGUGGGCUGCGCUGCCAGUGUGGCCGGCUUCAUCACCUCCAUCACCUGGAUUGCCUCCUACCUGUCCUUCGCGGCGAACGCCUGCGGCCAGGCCGUGAACAACGGAGCGCUUUGCGCAGGUGACUUCACGGCCCUGAUGGCCAACUUCGGCGAGAUUGCCACCGUGGGCGCCGCCGCCAGAGCUGACUGCGACUUCGGCAAGAACGCCCUCCAGAUCCUCACGAGGACG